AUGAAGGUCCAUGUGUAUGAGAACGGUUCUGAUCAUCCUGAAGAACAGGACGAGUUCUACAGAUGCAGAACCAAGAUGAAUAAACACCUGCUGAGAACUGAAGACCUCAGUCUGACUCUGAAACAUCCCACAGAUAAAGACAGUAACAUCUACACCUGCAUCGUCUCCGGCAGGGAGGGAAACAUCCUGAUGAAGAAACAAGUUGAUCUCUGGGUCAAAGUCUGUCAGGUGGAGGUGGAGGAGGGGGCGGAGUCUGUCCUGCUGCCGUUCACAACAACACCUGAGCUGCCAGGAGAUCCUAGAGUGGUGUGGAGGGACAUCAGAGACAGGAAGGUCCAUGUGUAUAAGAACGGUUCUGACAAGCCUGAAAAACAGGACCAGUUCUACAGAAACAGAACAAAGAUGAAUGAAGACCUGCUGAGAACUGGAGACCUCAGUCUGACUCUGAAACGUCCCACAGAGAGAGACAGUGGAGUGUACAGAUGUGUAGUCUCCAGCGAGAACAUCUGGAGACGGAAAACAGUUCAGCUGAAAAUCAAAGCAGCAAUAGUUCAGGUCCAGAACCAACCAGAGGACAUCAGGACCAGAACCAGCUCCACUGAUCUCACUCCUCUGAUGGCUGAACAAUCAGUCUGAUCGGUUUGUUGAUCCAUCUUUGAUUACUGAUCCAAUCUGACUUCGGAUCAGAGAGAAGAUCUCAGUGAAGGUUCUGAUG